AUGGUCGGUACAGCAGAUCCGUACUACAACCGCAAGCAAGUGCCUGAUGAAUUGAUCAGAGACGUUGGCCUGACUGGGCUGACCCCGCAAGAAGAGCACUGGAACCGUGAACGCAAAUACAGCGUCAAUGGAGCGGAUGUUAGACGCUUCAGCAGCGGUAAAAGGGGUAGCCUGGAACCACGCGACGAUCCAUACUAUGGCCGGAGACGGCUCUCGAAGGCUGAGAUCGCGGACGUUGGAGAGACUGGUCUGACACCAGAGGAAGAACAUUUGAACCGAGAGCGAAAGUAUAGCGUCAAUGGCAUCGAUGUCAGAAAAUUCAGCAUGAGUCGGAAGGGUGGUCUAGAGCCUCAAGACGAUCCGUAUUAUUCACGGAAACGAGUAUCGAAAGCCGAGAUCUCCGGCGUAGGCGAGACCGGCAUGACCCCUGCCGAACAGUUCGAGGUUCGGGAGCGGAAACAGUCCCUCUUCCAGCUGUCCGGCGACCCUUUCGACCUUGUUGCCGGCCGGCACCGACAGUCGGUGUCAGGAGUGGCGAGUGGAGCGUCAGACGCCGCCACCCGACGGCGAAGCUCUGCAGUCGCUCCAGAUAUCGUGCCAGCCAUGGCGUCGCACAGCGGUUACCAUGGUGAGAAGCUUGCCACGAUCCAGAGUCGCCCCGAGGUUCCACCCCAAAGUUUUAACACCACCGCCUUCGGUGACAAUGGUGCAAGCAGUGGCUCUUCUGGUAGUCGAGAUCCCAGUGCCCUUGGCAAUGGUGCAGAGGGGCAACAUCACAUUUACCACGAUAUCGUGACGAGCGGACGCCCUCACCGAGCUCACGUCGACGACGACCCAGAUAGCGUGGCCCCUGACGAGGUUAGGUGA